GGGAGAUGAAAGAAGGGGGGAAGGAGGGUUCAGAGGUAAUGGGGGGUCUGAAGAGGUUUGUUGGGCCGUGUAAGAGAUUGGGAGAGAAAGAGGAAGAUAAGACGGCAACGAUGUUGAGAUUGUUUAGGUAUGAAGGGUGGGAGGAGAAGGUUGUUGCUGAACGACAUGCCGACCUAGGCCUCCUCUCCUUCGUUAUAGGGAGCACACCUGGUCUCGAAGUCUGGAACGGCACGCACUUCAUCCCAAUCGAGAAAUCCUACAAUUCCCCUUGCGCAACCCUGCUUUCUGGGAGGCAGUUGCAGCGCCUGACGAAUUACAGGUAUCCGGCUGGUGGACAUCGGGUUGUGUCGUAUGGGAAACCAACCAACCACGUACCCGCAUCUGCAUCCCCGGCAGCUGAGCAUGUAGGAGGGGUAGGAGGAGGUGAGGUAGACGCAGUAGAAUCAAACUACAGGUUCAGUAUAGUUUUCGUCCUGCGAGCGCACGAACCUAUUAUUGUAGAUACAGACGCGUUGACGACAGAGAUCACGGGGGUGUGGAAGGAGAAGGAUAGGAUUCGGGGGAUUACAGCAGGAGAGAUGUAUGCGGAAAUACGAGCUACGCAUUUUAAUAUUAAUACGGGGUUGAAGGAAAGGGAUGAGCAGAGGAGGAAGGUGGCAGAGAGGAAAAGGAUGGAGAUGGGGGUUAGUGGAGCAGGAUAAGAGAAACAGUUGGGCCGGUCUGGUACAUGAGCG